GUCAUAAGGGAUAGGAUAAUGGGUGAUAGUGUGCGUUGCUUUGUCACAAGUCAACUUCAUCCUGUAUACCAUAUCUGUCCUGGAGGCCGGUAAGGUAUCGGACAGCAGCUCCUGUCUUUGAGCGAGCCCGCCGCCGGCUUCUUGAGUCCUCGUUUUGAACCGAACAUUAUUUUCAUAGAUCCCCUUGUUCUCGUCAAACGCUGUCUAUCUCAAGUUAUAGACUUCAUCAUGUUCAAGUUGAACAGAGGCAAUAGACUCUCCCUUGUGCCUCCUCUCCUGUCCAAACGAUCCCGCUCUAGAUUGUCAAAACCACCUCCCUCCGCCAGAGGUCACAAUACCGAGAGUCAAUCGCGUCCUCAAUCUGUCGUUGUGUCCGCCGACGACGAUAUCAAUGGACUCGUCGACAAGUUCAAGGAUCCCACUUCCCCAUUCUACAUCGCUCCAGGUACAGCCGGACCAGCUCAUGAAAAUGAUCACUCAACGUCGAGGGAUCCAGCAGGCCAGAGGCCGCUGAGUCCCGCCACACCCUUGACUCCCACCCAGGGCCCAGGACCCUCGGGUACUGCUCAGAAGAUCGCUUCGUCUCCCACAGAUCAAAUCCCUCCCCUCCCGUCUCCGUCCGAUACGCCGAAACCUCGUCGUUCCACAUCGGCGGCCUCGUUAACCCAUCGACCUGAACUUGAAGGUCGAGCUCGAGCACCAUCCACUACUUCGCAUUCCAGGACGGAGAGCACAAUUGGUAGACAACGUGGCGCAUCUAUCACCUCCAAAGUCGAGCUUGUUCCCGGUAUGCACUCUCGUAAAGCCUCCGCUAGCUCGCUGCAUCAACGGACCAUAUCGGUAGGCUCGAUGCGAAGUCAAGUGCGGACGCCAGUGGUCGACCCUUCUACUGAAGAGGUAUUGACCUCGCGAGACAAUGGUUCAGAGACCUUGGCCGGGCAUGACAGUGCUGGUCAUCCAUCCCGAGGACCCCGGCCACCCGUCGCCGGCUCUGCAGCCCUCGCAGCGGCAUCGACUGCACGCGAGACGUCAUUCUCAAGUUCUUCAGCUGCUGCAUUCGGUGUAUCGCUCAGUGCUCAAGACAGUCUGGCUGCCAAGACUUCAGCUAAGCAAGCCAAAUCUCGUGAAGCAGCAUUCACCUAUUUCAAAGAGAAUGGGUACGAUGAUAUCGGCGUGUUGGAAUGGCCGGUCGCAUGGGGAGAUUGCGACAUGUUCCAGCACGCCAAUAAUGUCCAAUACAUUCGAUGGUUUGAAUCGUCCCGAAUCAAAUACGGCGAAGCGCUGGCUCCGCUUCUUCCAGAGGGUAUGAUGAAGAACAUGCUGCGAGGCACAGGCAACGGGAUCAUCUUGAAGGAUGUAUCGCUACGAUACCGUAUGCCGGUGACGUAUCCGGAUACACUGCUAAUCGCUUCAAAACCCCAUUCAAUCAAUCAAGAGCGUGGCAGCUACGGCCUAGCGGGUGCAUUCUGGUCAAUGAAGACGGGUGCCCUGGUGGCUACCGGUGACUCGACGAUCGUAUUCUACGACUAUGACCAUUUGAAAAAGGGCUUCAUGCCCGAUACGUUCCGCGAUGUGCUCUUUCAGCGCGCGAAAGGAGAAGGCGACAGGUCGCCGUAGACGGAUACGAUUUGACGCGAAUUUCAUGCUGGACAUGGUUCACGAGUCGGACGACGGCAGUGGCAUUCUCAAUCACGAUGCAUAGAUGCUACAUGGUUCUGACCCCAGUCAAUUGGAUGCCUGACGAUGGC